AUGGAUAUCAUGGAGGAACCACAGGUUGCCAUGGAAGACAUCCACUACCGUGUUAUAUACGUCAACCGCUCAGUAUCCGAGGACCGCUGCAUCCAACGAAACCCAAGGCAUUUGGACGAGGUUGUUGCGAAGACGGAACCAAAAUGCAUUGGCGACACAGUGAAGUGCAUUUUGGAAGUUUUCUCCGAAGCUUACUUGUGCAGCACUGAGGGUGCCUGCAUGUCCCACUGGCUCAAGCCCCAAGAAGACCACGAGGCCGAUCUUCAACCAACGAUUAUCCUCUUGGACACUCCUUACCAGCAGUUCUUCCCAGCCCAAUUUCCGAACGAACGCAGGGACGAGAGCCACGAUGGCAACUCGUACGGCCUCUCGUUACUUAAAAAGGUCGAGUCUGAAGCUCGUGCUCGCCAUCUCUACGAACAAGUUAUACCUGUCCCACUCAUCCAAUUACCCGACUCCAUGAACAACGUCAGUGGGGCCGAUAGGACGAGGAUGCGACAGCAAUGUAUCGAUUUUGGGGCCAAGGCAGUCCUAUCGGGACCUCUGAAUGCUAAGAGCAUCACAGUGAUUCAAGACAGGGCAUAUCACGCUUACAAGGACGCUCUUUCGAGGAAACAAGCAUUAGCCGAUGUGCGCAAGGGCAGAAAGCGAUCGCUGAUUGCUGUCUUUAACGAUACCCGGCCGUACGGUUAUCUCCGCGAAUACCUAGUGGAGAGUCUGAUUAAGAAGAUAUGCAGCACGGAGGACGACAGAGAUGAUGAGAUCUAUAAGGCCAAUGUCUCGGUGUCCCCUGAGAAGCGAGCCGAGAUCUCCCGCGCCAUCAGCACAUGGCAUUUCGAUGCUCACAAAUUUGACUACGACGAACUGAUAGUUGCAGCCGAGCUUACGCUCAACCAUGCCUUGUCCAUGCCGGAACUAACGGCAUUUCGCAUUUCGUCAUGGCAGCUGCAAAACUUCCUCAAGGCUUGUCGGGCUGCCUAUAUGGGUUUUGUGCCUUACCACAACUUUCGACAUGUUAUCGAUGUUUUACAGGCAACGUUUCACCAGCUGCUCCGGAUCGGCGCAUUGCCUCCUUACCCAAACGUGAACGGCAACCAUACGGGCCCAACCGCGAAAUGCUCAGCAACAACUCCCUCGAUAGGUCCGGAAGAAGCCUUCACGCUCCUUCUAACUGCCAUUGGUCACGAUGUUUUGCAUCCCGGUGUCAACAACGGCUUCCUAAUCGAGGCCCGAGCGCCUCUCGCGGAGCUCUACAACGAUCGCUCAGUACUAGAGAACUUUCACAGCACCAGUUACUGCCAAAUCCUCAAGCGACAUUGGCCCAUGUUUUACGAGAAUAGGCGUCUGCGCACGUUGAUGAUCAGCUGUAUCCUGGCUACAGAUAUGGCCCUUCACUUUGACUACAUGGCAAAACUCGGAAACCUACAAAAACUUCGAGCUCAGCAACCCGAUCUUGGCGGUUGGAAUGAGAAGGCUGUGGAAGAGGCGAGGGUGCUAGUGUGCGCUCUCAUCAUCAAGUGCGCCGAUAUCAGCAACGUCGCACGCAGGCACGAUAUCGGGGCUCAGUGGAUGCACCUGUUAAAUGACGAGCUCAUCUUGCAGACUCAGAUUGAGAGGGAUAUGGGUCAAAAGACGGCAUUGGUUGCUCCUCCAUCAACAAGUCUCGACGGCCGCAUCAGAUCCCAGCUGAAAUUCAUGGAGUUGUUUGCCUUCCCUCUUUUCCGAGGAGUGGCAGAUAUCUUGCCCGGUCUACAGUUCUCCGUUGACGAAAUGGAACUGAACCUCACUCAUUUCGAGAAUCAACUGCUACUCCCCUCGGGAGGAUCGACUAUGGAAAAUCAGCCUGGCAUCUCUAAACACAGCCCCCCACCAAAAUGCGAUGCGGAGCCCCCGACAGAAAAAGAGCGCCCUCAAUGGAAGGCCCAAUGGCGUGCUUCCUAG